AUGGCAGAAUCUAUACCCAAACCAUCCACAUCCUUACUUUCAAAACUCGGCACUUCAAAACCACAUCCACUACACAAACCCGUCGUAAUUCGAUUCGUCCCACACGACCAAUGGAUCCAAACGCACAUCGCGCCGUACUGGAAGAUCAAGGCUGUGAAGCACCACGCGCUCGCUCGUUGUCUAGGACUGAGCUUUACGCCCCCUGACCCGCCGCUACCGUUCACAGAGCAAGGCACCUCCCAACGACCUCCAUCACCCAUCACAUUCGCUCCUGAUCCCAGCCACCGUCCCAGCAGCCCUAUUCUGUUUCGCACCCCCGGCUUCGCCAUCAGCGACGACGAUGACAGCGAGAUUGGGGAUGACGAUGAUUUCGAUGGGAUGGGUAUGGGGAAAGGAAAGGGGAGAGAUGGGGACGAGAUGGCUAGUGUCAACGAGGUAGUCUUGGAGGGUGGACGCGUCGUCCCUUCUUCAUCGAAGUCAGGUCAUGGAGGACGCCUCAAACCCUACGAACCGUCAACCAAUCGUGUGCAGCACAAAGGGAGCACCUCGAGCACGUUGGCCGUACCGCCCGACCACAAAUCCGUACCCGACAUUGCCCACCUCUCGUUCGCACUCGUUCGCUUCUCCACAACCCAGAUCCUGGAAGACGAGUACACAGUAUCAGAGUACGAUCUCGCAGCCUACGAAAUUCUCGAACUACACUACGCCAUCUCGCCCGACCACUACACCGCACCCGGGUUCACACCCAUCACAGCGACGUUUCCCUUUGCCCUUCUCAAACCCCCUGCCCAACUUCUCAAGGGGAAGAGCAAGAAGAAGAGAAGAGAACUGGAGGCACUCAUGGCCCCCCACUCAGCUCGAAUCGUGCAUCUCCCGCGGUCGAUGCCCGAAGCGUAUUCGGAGCCAUACUGGGAAGGGUGGAUACGCAUCCUGCGAUUUUCCCACCGCGAAGACGACGACUACCUCUAUGGCGGGUUCAUGUCUCCCCCGCCGCACCACCACCUCCAUGCCAGCUCCAGCAAACCAGGAUCCGCAUACGGAUCCUCGAGUAAAUCAACGUCGAGUAAACCGUGGUUCGGGCCAUCUUAUGCGCAGUUUGGCGCGAGUGUGGGAGAAGCGUCUUGGGGACACACGGAGAUGUUCAAGUCUGAUAGGGACAGGGAUUUGGAUGCCGAGUUGGCGUUAAAUUUUGGGUUUGCGGGGUUGGGGCGGUGGGAGAAGGGGGCGAGUGCUAGUUCGUCUGGAGGCGAUGCUGUUGGAGGGUCAGGAAGUGGAAGUGGUUAUAGGGGAGGCGACGGCUAUGGAUAUCCAUAUGGCUAUACGAGGAGUGGGUUCGAGUGGGGCGAGAGGUGGUUGAUCAUUCGAGAAGGCUGGAUAUUCUUUUUACGUGAACGCGGGGACUCUGAACCGACACACUCUUUCCCACUCGCCAACCUCCUUACUCUUCGAGACGCAGAUCAACUCACUGAAUCCCUCGAUAACAACAAACGAACAAGGCAGCGAAGGGCACGAGAGGCGCACCACCACCAUCACCACCACCAUGUCCACCGACACCGGUCUCCUCCACCUCCGACUUCGCGAUCAAGCCAUCGAUCUCCCCCGCCUCCAUCCUCGACGUCAAGUCACAGAUCAAGGCCAUCCGCUGUGUUGACGAAAUCGUCGAAUGCAGCGGGUGGUGAACAACCACCUUCCUCGCCUACGUCUACCAUCCGUGGUCCUUCAUCCAGCAAUCCCACCCAGGGCCAGUUGAAGCACGGUCAGCCCUCCCGAACGAAGGUGACGAGCGACGCGGAUGACGAUGCGUACGAGGAGGAUGACGAGGGUGAGAGACCCUUGGGUCGAUCUGUGUCUGUCAGGGCUAGGGGUGCUCAGCAGUCGCAGGCUCGAGCGCCGGGUUCGACCUCGUCCCAUGCACCAUCCUCAGCGUCAGGUCACCCAUCCCACCCACCGCCUUCCUCGAGUUCGACGUCCGCCGCUGCCUCAGCAGCCGCCCGCGCAAAGAGCCGCGAACGGAGACGACGAGAGCGGGAGUUCGGGGAUCCCCGAGCACGCUACGAGGCGAACCCGCGUACGUUCGUACCACGUACGAAAGAAGAGGCGGAGGCAGUCGGUAUGCGGAUUGUAUGUGCCAAGUUCAAGAGCGUCGUGCGGGAUAGUUCGCGGUCGCGCGGACCCGGUGGGAGUGGGUGCGGCGGGGAUAGUAGACCGAACCCGUUCUCUGGGUACCCGGAUGACUGCCCUGAGCGGUCUGCCAAUGGGAAGGAUAGAGAGGGGAGGACGUACACGUCUACUGCGCCGUCGCUGGGCGACGUUGUUGGGCCCAGUAUCACCGCUGGCCUGAUCAGUGGUGGCUUUUUGGACCCGGAGUGGGAUCGGGCGGAGAGGGAGAGGAAGGAUAGGGAGCGGGGGGAUCGAGAGCGGGAGCGAGAGAGGAGGGACGGGGAGCGAGAUAGGGAACGAGAACGAGAACGCGAAAGACAGAGGGAGUUGAAGGAGAGGGAGAGGCAGUUGUGGGAGGACGUUACCUGGAGUGGUUCGUCCAAGCGUGAUAGAGAGAAGGAGAAGAAGACUAAAGGGGGGAGUAGUUCCUUGCACCUAGGUUCAUUCGGCGAUGUCAAUUUUGGGGCUAAAUUGGGGAGUGUCAUUAGCGACCGUCGACCUUCUCUACCGGCAUUAGGAAGUUCGCAUUCCCUCCUCUCAGCGGCGUCGCAUCCGCCUACACCUAAUCCACUGGUUACACUCGGUCUAGGAACAGGCGGCGCUAGUCUCGGCAACAGCGGCGGCGGCGGCAGCGAGACGACUCUCAGUUUCGGCUCGCUUUUCGGCGGGCACAAAGAGACCAAGGAGGAGAAAGAAGAGCGGAAGAAGAGGGAGAAGGAAGAAAAGAAACUCGAGGAUGAACGGAAAAAGAAAGAGAAGGAGGAAAAAGAGGAGAGGAAGAGGAGGGAGAAGGAGGAGAAGAAGAGGGAGAAAGCGGAGGAUGAGGUUGGGAUGACGAGUUCGAGUUCGUGGAUUUUGGGGAGGGGGAGGAAGGGGACUGCGUCGAGUAAGGGGAAGGAGAGGGAGAGGGAGAAGGAGAAGGAUGGGGAGGAUGCUGUUCCGCCCACACCUAGCUCAUACCAAGUCGACUCUGUGCCAGAUAUGAGCCCCACCGAUAAGAAGGAUCUCGCGUCGAACCUCAGGGCGUUGAGGAGCAAGAGGAGUCGUGGUGGUCUCAGCUUAGGCGGAAGCCAGAGUUUUGCUGGGUACAGUCUCGGUGGAGAUCGUAGUACCGGAGGAGGACGAGGAGUGGACUCGGACGCGAGCUCCUUGAUGUCAACCAACGAUGCGUCGUCUCGACGUGCAGCUGCGUCGCCUCCACCCAAGGCGAUGAGUGACGACAGCCACGAUCACCACCACCCUACCACCCCCGUAACUGCCACUGCGCUUUCGUCUUCGCUGAGGUCGGGGACGUCUCCACUCGCUGCCGACUCGUCGUUUAGGAGUGUAGAUACGGAAGUUGCCGCUGCUGAGGAGUUUACCGCGCAUGAAGACUUCCGAGGUGGCCCUCGAAGGGCAGACGACCGAUCUCUAGCCCCGCACGAGCGCGAUGGAGAUGACCACGACGACAACCACCCAGUCGACCCCGCAGGCUACGCGAGCGACGGCUCUGAAUCACUCGCGCUUUCGUCGCCCGUAUUCGCUGCCAAAGAUAGUGGGAGUGAUGAUGAUAUCUAUGAUGACGAGGAUUGGGAGGUGUUUAGGGGGUAUAGACGGAGGAAGGGCCAUAAAGCUGGGACUGGGAUUGGCGGGACAGGUACAGGUGGUGAUGCGUCAAAUGCUGCGGCGAAUGGUGGUGUGGGUAGCGCUUCGAACGCGAGUGUCAGUGGGGGAGUAGGGACGAAGGAGGUUGACACAGUGAAGGAUGGCGUGGCCAAGUCAAGUUUACCUCCGCCUCCUACUACGACAUCUACCGCUGCGUCUUCGGCUACUGAGCGACCAACGCAUAAAGCGCGUUCAGCUUCGAUUGCUACUGCGUCUACUGUGAAGCCGAGGAGGAAGCGUGAGGGUGGACAGAAGGCUCAGUGGAUUAUUAUGGAUUUGGGGAGUGAUGCUGCCUACAACAGCCUCCUUCGUGUCCUCCACCGAUCCUUCGGUGAACCACUCACGUCGUCCUUCCUUCAAGGAUUACCAGGCCUGGGGUCUAUGAUCACCCAAUGCACUACCAACGCCUCUAACGGGGGCGCCGUUUCCCCGCCUUACGGACCUCCAAAGCGAAGUAACAGUCUCAUGGGUCUCAAUCGCCAGCACGCCCUAGCCUCGCAACACCAUCUCUCGUCACCUUCAAGCCCAUCACGCGGUCGUUCGCACUCGGACGCUGGCGCAUUCUUCCCUCCUCAAGGUCUUCAACCUAUCGCGGAUGAUCCAUCUGUUUCGCCGUUACGUGAGCACCCUGCGAGUCUCGAGACGCUAGUGCAAGACCACCUCAGCCGCGGGCCUGAAACUAUCGUCCGUGCUCUGGGUGCGUUGCCGUACCCCGAGUGGAGGAUGGAGGUGGUGCUGCGAGCAAGAAGGGCUGGGAUGGGUUUGGUGGGCAGGCCGGUGGAGUUGAUGCUGCUCACGAUGGGGGAGAGGAUGGAGGAAGGAUAUGAGAUUGAUGAUCCUUGUUUGAUUUCGAAUUGGCCUUUUGGGUCAGUUGGGGAACAUGACUUGGAGGAUGACUCGAUGGAGGGAGGGGGCGUGGAGGAUAGCGGGGAUGGUGAAGGGGAGAUUGGACGUGUGGAAGGAGAGGGUGGCGUUAGUGAGGCGGAGGGUCAGGAGGGCGAGGUCAAGGUGGAGGCGAGUGAUGAAGAGAACAGCGACGACGAUGAAGACGAACCACUCAUCUUCGACGCGAGUGAUGAAGAAGAGGAGGAGGAGAGCGAACUCGAGUGGCAAGCCUGGACCGCCGACCUCCCGCGCCAAAUCCGAGUCAAGAAAGAAAAAGAAGAGCUGGCGCGUCUCGAAGCUGAAGCUGCUGCACAUGCCCAAUCUCAGGCUCCCCUUAUCCCCACCGUCGAGAUUGUCGGCGAAGGCGCUGUCGACACCCGUGGCAUCAACGAUGACGAAUCCGACUACGAAGCCGCUCCUCUGCCACCAAGUUCAGUCAUCGAGGAACGGGAGAUGAUGGUUCGCAAGAAGAGGUCGUACGAACCCGUCGGUGUUAUAACAUCGAUGACAACAAGUACAGCGCUACCGACAUUUGUGGUCCCUGAGACUGGGAAUCAUGACCACCACGGGCACGAGGAGCAUCGGAGGCUGCACCGGGUUCAGCGUAAUGGACAUCUCCAUCCCUCUGCCAGUGUAGCUCCGAGUAGUCACAGCCUGACGUCGCCGUCUUCGAUGGAGUCGUUGGCUGUUCCUGCGAAUCGUGGUGUGGCGAGGGGACAGUCGAGCCCCUUGGCUGGUGGGGCCCCUCUUUCCAACGCUCAAGGUGUCCAUCAGCAACAGCAGAGGGUACCACGACAUGGCCGUACACAUUCGCUUUCCCAGCCUUCACCCGUCAGUUCUUACGCUCGCCACGGACAAAGUGGCCAUGGAUCGCUGUACCAUUCGGCUUCAAUGCAGACUAACCUACGGGUUUCGUCUGAUCUGGGGUCGGGACCUGCGUCGCCUGCCCCUGCCAGUCCUGUGGCGGGUAGGCGGCCUAGUAUGCCGGCGUUACCGACUGCGGCUCUGACCGGCCCUACCACGACUCUUCAAGCACCUCAGUCGCUGACGAUGACUCAAGUUACCACCCCGACGUCCAUAACAACCACUUUGUCAACGGAACAAAACUUCGCGUUGACAGGGCCCACGGAGAUCAGGGAGCUGAGUGGUCAGGAAUUGGCGAUGGGGAGGGAAGAACUGCAAGAUUGGUCAAUCGAGUCGUCUGUUCCUGCCAGUCCAACUUCGCCGUAUAGGUCUCCGUUGAAUGCGUCGCUUGCUUCUGGGUCUCCACCUUCGUCUUCAGUACUGAGAUCGCCUUCGUCAUCAGCACUCGGGUCGCCACCUCCAGGUUCACCGCCCUCCUCCGUUCUUCGACACCAAGGCUCGUCAGCAAGCUUUACUUCCAGUUUAGGAAGGUCGGGAAGUAUCCUUCGGUCUCGUGUCCCAUCUACAACAACCAACGAGAGCACCAACAUGGACUCGUAUUCGUAUUAUCGCGGGCGAAGUCCGUCUGGUUCGGAUCGACCCAAGCUCACUGUUUCCACCUCGGCAUCUUCGUCCAACUCUCAUUCCGUCUCUCAUUCCAACAACCACUCGAACGGGCACCCACCAAACGUACCAACGCCAAGCUCUAGCAGUGCGAAUCCGAGCUCGCCGCGUAUCAAGAGUCCGACGAGGUCGUCCAGGUCGCUUUUGCAGCGUGUGACGUCGCCUGGGGAUCAUUCGAGGGGUGAUUUGGGUGAUCAAGGGACUAGUGCGGGUGCAAACUCUGCACCUACCUCUCCUAGGAAGAAGAAAUCGGGGACGUUUGAGCGAUUUGUGCGUGGGUUCUGA